CAGCCUCUAGAAGACCUUCUUCCCCGAUCCAGUCAAGUGCACUGCCGCCUAUAAAGAUCCAGCCUCCUCCUCACCCACCCCUCCCCGUGCGUCCCAGUAGCACUAGCACCCAACAACAACACCAACUUCCACUCCUGCAAACCCCAACCCAACCCAACCCAACCCACCACCGAGAAGCACGAGGAAGAAAGCGGACGGUGUCAUCGGCGGCGGACCAUCUAAAGCGAUGGGGAGGUCGCCGUGCUGCGAGAAGGCGCACACCAACAAGGGCGCCUGGACCAAGGAGGAGGACGACCGGCUCACCGCCUACAUCAAGGCGCACGGCGAGGGCUGCUGGCGCUCCCUGCCCAAGGCCGCCGGCCUGCUCCGCUGCGGCAAGAGCUGCCGCCUCCGCUGGAUCAACUACCUCCGCCCCGACCUCAAGCGCGGCAACUUCAGCCACGAGGAGGACGAGCUCAUCAUCAAGCUCCACAGCCUCCUGGGCAACAAAUGGUCCCUGAUAGCCGGGAGACUGCCGGGGAGGACGGACAACGAGAUCAAGAACUACUGGAACACGCACAUCCGGAGGAAGCUGACGAGCCGGGGGAUCGACCCGGUGACCCACCGCGCGAUCAACAGCGACCACGCCGCGUCCAACAUCACCAUAUCCUUUGAGUCGGCGCAGAGGGACGACAAGGGCGCCGUGUUCCGGCGAGACGCCGAGCCCGCCAAGGCAGCAGCAGCGGCAGCGGCGAUCUCACACCACGUGGACCACCAUCACCGUAGUAACCCCCAGCUUGACUGGGGCCAGGGGAAGCCGCUCAAGUGCCCGGACCUGAACCUGGACCUGUGCAUCAGCCCCCCGAUCCACGAGGACCCCAUGGUGGACACCAAGCCCGUGGUGAAGAGGGAGGCCGGCGUCGGCGUCGGCGUCGGCGUGGUGGGCCUCUGCUUCAGCUGCAGCAUGGGGCUCCCCAGGAGCUCGGACUGCAAGUGCAGCAGCUUCAUGGGGCUCCGGACCGCCAUGCUCGACUUCAGAAGCAUCGAGAUGAAAUGAGCAGAGCAGAGCAGAGCACCCCCUCUCUUCUCUGCUCUUCUCUCCCCUGUCUGUGACGUGGAGAUAUUGGUUUAGCCUGUAGGUGAAAAUACAGCGAGCGAAAGAGAGAGAGAUGCAGGAAGGAGAAAGAAUGAUGAUCUUGCCGGCGGUGCCCUGUUUCGGCAAGAUCUUCUUCUUCUUCCGAUGCUCUCUUGCUGCUCCAUUUUGUUUGCCCCGUUGUAAAAAAAGAAAAAUUACCGUUUGACUAAUCAUGAGCAAAUAAGGCCCUGUUUGGUUUCAAA